AUGGCAGCCGUAGUGUAUGGGAACAGUCCGCGGCACAGCAGUCGUCACCAUCAGGGUCAUCUGCUGUCUCAACACUCACCGUACCAUACGCAGUCAGCCAGUGCUGGCCAGCAUCACACACUGCCACCGCCGCCCGGUCACCAUCAUUCCCACCACUCGGUAUCGUCCGUGUCGCCACCAUCGCAGAUCAUCACACCGCCGACCUCGUACCUUUCCUCCGCCACCACCGCCAUCUCGUCGCAGCAGUCGUCGGGUGGUGGUCAGCAGCAAUCGCAACCACAGUACUAUCAUCAUCACCAUUCGCAGUCGGUAUCGUUGCCACCACAGCACUCACAGACGCUGAGCAGCUACCAUCAGCUGCGCAGUUCCAAGCGGAAGUCGGCGGUAGAGCUGCUGGCCGAAAGCAAACCGUUCUACGUGAAGUCGGAAACGGUGCUCGAUCGUCAGCAGCAGCUGCUGAACAAGCGCUCGAGUGGUGGAAGUGGCAGUGGAGGAGGUAGUGGUGGUAGCAGCGGAGGAGGAGGUGGUGGUGGACCAUCGCAGCAGAGCAGAACUGGUGUUGGAGAUGGAGUCGGUGGGAGUACCGGUACGCUGAGCGGUUCAUAUAUGGUAUCACCGUCGAGGACACUGCCAUCUUCCGCCGUGAGCCAGGCGCUCCAGCAACAAGUGCAGCAACAGCAACAACAGCAACAACAGCAGCAACAGCAACGACCAACAAACCGUCGGAGUGCCUCGUCCGGUUCCGAUCUGCUGCAGACCAAGCUACGCAAGCUGCUGAACGCUGCCGACAGCAAAGAGACAAUAAUGCCCCCGGUCGACGUGGGUCUGAUCAAUUCUAAAUAUGGCCAACCGCUGGAAACGAGCUAUAUCGGCACCGGGAUGGUCGGCGGUGGCGGCGGAAUUGCCGGCAGUCUGGAUGACAUCGGAUACAUUCAGCCGCCGAAAAACUACCAGCAGCAGCUGACCGUGCACCCGGAGCAACCGAGUGAUGUGUCCGUGUUCUUCCCAAGUGCGUUCUUAUCGCCACAGUCCUUACCGCCGCAUCCGGGCGGCGAUGACGAUCUCUAUCUGUACGGCGGACUCCACGACAGCCUGGUACUGACCGAUGAUUACCGUGCCAUUAGUCCGCCGGCUGAGUAUGCGGAACAGCAGCAACAGCAGCAGCAGCAGCAGCAACAUGGCGGUUCUCCUGAGAGCAAACAUCCUAUGGGAGGUGGCCACAGUCGCUACAACUACCAACGGUCGUACUCGCACUCUCAAGCCGUGGUGACCGGUUCCGGCCAUCAUCCGACCGAUGAAUCCGACUACUCACCGACACAGUCGUACAACAUCAACAGCCACAAGUCGCUGCCGGAUCUACACUCGCAAAGUAGUCGCCAUUCGCCACACUCGGAGGCACUGAGCUGCUGCAGUCGAGGCAAUCGGUCCAACCGUUCCGGUAGCUCCUUCAACAGGGAUUCGGGCGGUUCCUCGGGUCACUACACGCACCACAGCGAACCGUGCUGUAAGCAGCAGCAACAGCAGCACCAGCAGCACCCAUCAAACCACCACCAGCUGUCACACGUUCCGCACUCGCAAAUGUUGAUGCAACAUCAACAGCAGCAGCAACAACAGCAGCAGCAUCAUCCGCAGCACUACACGCAGCAUCACUCGCAGCAGCAACAGCACAACGCGCUGUCACAGGCAGGAGGACAGCCGGGUAACGAGUCAAUGAUGAUGCUGGGCGACUAUCGGCGUGACAGUGGCUCCUCGACCCAGCACAGUGGCAAUUCGUACUACGCCUACGGUAUUCCUCCGCUGCGCUACGACUGCAUCGAGUGUCGGGCGAAAAUACGCGAAGAGGCCGACUGUCUGCUGAACUUCACCACACCGGAGGUCCCGGAAGCGUUCCAGGAUGGGUACAGCGAGAAGCAACACCAGCUCCAGCAGCAGCAACAGCAGCAACACUCGCUGUCCAAGGGCCAGCACGCGAAGUACUACGACGAUCGUGGCAGGAAGUACUACAAGAACGUGCCAGGGCCUCCGAUGUCCCCAUUGUCGCCGGUGUCUCCACUCUCGCCACCAGAUCAGCCCCAGUCGCAGCUGGAUCUUAGUCCACCGCUCGGUACGUUCAAGCGGCAGAAGUGUUUGCGCUUCAAGAAUCGCAGCGGUCGCCAGUCGGCCGUCAGCAAUCCAUCACCGUCGUCUGGGGGCCGCUGUGGACCGAGUGGAGGACCAGGUUCGAGUGCUAGUGCUGGGGCUGCUGGAGGUGGCGGACAGCUCGACGACGAUCGGCGACCGAUAUUGCGCUCGAAGAGUGACAUCAGCGAUCGGUACUGGAAUCGCACCCAGCCGGAGCGUAGUCUCCCGGUGGCGGCGGACGUUCGCGAACACCGGGAGCGGCGAGCCGAUCGUGAACGAGAGCGAGAUCGAGACCGUGACCGGGAGCAGCUCGAGAAGCAGCGUUCGCGCUCGGACAGCCUAACGCAGCUGGAGCGGUUCUUCGAUCGGCUCGGGCUGGACGAGGAAACGUACGAUCGGUACAUCGCACCGAAGAGUUCGCUGCAAAGGCGUUCGUCCGGUUCGUAUCACCAUCAUUCACACCACAGCAAUUCCGCAUCUUCCGACAUUCAUCGCCUUUCGGACGACUGCUCAGCUGGUGGUGGAAGUGGUGGUGGCGGUGGUGGAGAUUCCGAUGAGUCCAGCGCUGUCUUCUUCUCCGACGUGUCCACCAUCGACUCUACCAAGCUGCCGGAUAGUACGGAAACGGCUAAUGGACAGGCACAGGGAGUCGCUUCCGGACCGCACCUGAUGGGUGUUGGAGGACCGGGACCUAUGCCAGCAGCAGCAGCAACAGGUGGUCCGGGUCCGUUGGUGGGUGACGGUGCACCACUUCUUGGUGGUGCCGGUGCACCGCCGCUCUACCGCACCAGCGAACCCCCGUCCAUCAUUGAGCGCAAUGCGCGCAUCAUUAAGUGGCUGUGCAACUGCAAGAAGAUGCAGCUGACCUAG